AUGAUAGACUCUCAUAGUAAAAACUACCCUGAUGAUAUUGAUGAUAUGUGGUCAUGGUACCUAUCAAAUUUGCAAUCAGGUAACUUUGAAGCCUUAGUGAAUGGUUCGGUAAGGCAACAGCAUUUAGAAGCUUACUUUAAAUCUCAGUUUACAUCUGGCAAUGAGGGGUCAAAGAAAAUCCUACUUUCAGUACCAAGCAUGUUGUGCCAGGAGGUUUCAAUUAAAAGAUUAUUCUUGGGGUCGAUCUUCAACGAGGAAAGAUUGCAAUAUAUAAAUGUUAUGGAGUUUUCAAAAUCACCAAAACAGACUGAAAAGAAACAUUAUUUAUUAACAGACGCUUUAAGUGGCUUUAAUGAAGCUGCAUUUAUUGAAUCCAUGGAAUUUAAUCAAACUGAAGAAAAUGAGCAAUCAGUAUAUAUCGAAGGAAUGGAAAUUAAUAAGAGCAUAUCGAGCAUAUGUCUCUGGCCACAGGAAGAGACUAAUAUGGAUUUAUUUUAUGCUAGUAAUUCAAUGGAUCAUACUAUGGAAAACGAAGAGGAAGGCGCAAUAAUACUAGCGUUCCCUAGUCUAUUAAACAACCAUAGUAAACUUCAUAAUUAUGUUUCCCAUCGCACACCUGCAACGUCAGAAGAUAUUUCAAUUGAUAGUGAAAAAUACGAUGACGUUGAUUCUUAUAUCCAUGCCAUGUCUUUGAUGCGAGUAAAUGCAAACUGCGCAAACCAAAUUCAAUCACCUUCAGAAAUGAUGGAUGAAUCAAUAGAUAGUUUGACCGAAAGCAUCAUCUCAUCAGAUGAAAUUAAGGAAGAUGACUCUAAAUUAACAAGAGAAGAGAAUCUACGGAGUGCAUCGUGCAACUUCCAUUCAAAUAUACCAACACAGACUUUUUCUUAUAAAUCUGGACAACUACGGUUUGUAUUACAUUCCCUUCUUAUUCAAAACGCACAAAGCAAAGAAACUUUCACAGCUAUAAGGCAGAGGAGCAGUGAUCCAAACACUGCUAACAUUUUAGAUGAAUGGUUAUUAUAUGAUUCCAAGUUUUCAUUGGAUAAUCUAGAAAUGGGGACUCUUCAAGAUAUCUUACUUUCAAAUAAAGGAAAUUCAAUGUUAUUAUUAUAUAAAACUAUUUUAAUAUCCAAGUAA